UCUCUUGGACUUGGAUCGAUUAACUUGAUGUUUGUUGUUUGGUCUAUAUUUGUUAUGAGUGAAACAGAAGAGAUUGAAUAACCAUUAAGGGAUCUCUAAGAAAGUAACAGUCUUUAGCAUAAUGACGUCACAAUCGACGGCCAAUUUGACGUUGUCUGAUCAGUUGGAAGGACCUUCCAUUAAACCUCUACCUUCUAGGCAUGGUCUCCUAUGUUUGAUGCUCACCAUCGUCAUCCUGGCUACUGCACUAGGAUGUGGGAUAGCUGUUGGUGUGAUCUAUUACUGGAGGACUGGACCCGAGAUUGAACCUUACACUGGCUAUAUCUUUGAGCAUGCUGCUGUGGCGAGUGAUCAAGCUCUUUGCUCAGAGAUUGGAAAUGAUAUGCUGCUAAUGGGAGGUACGGCCAUUGAUGCAGCUAUCGCUGGACUCAUCUGUGUGGGACUAUUGAGCAUCCACAGUGCAGGUAUAGGUGGAGGAAGCUUCAUAAUGUACUAUGACAGAGAGACCGAGACGCCGUACUUUCUUGAUUCCAGAGAAGUAGCUCCUAUUCUGGCAUCUAAAGACAUGUACGAAAAUGAAACGGACGAUGCAUCACAGAUUGGUGGUCUCGCUAUCGCGGUCCCUGGGGAAAUAAUGGGAUACUGGGAGGCCCAUCAAAGGUUCGGUAGACUUCCCUGGGGAGACCUCUUCAAACCUUCCAUAGAACUUGCAGAGAAUGGUUUCGUAGUUGGUCCUGAUCUUGCAAGAACAAUAGGUCUCGAACAGUUUGUCGAGCUAGCCAUGUCUAACACUAGCUUAAGUGAAAUACUGUUGGACGAUGACGGGAGUAUUCUACAAGAGAACGAUAUUAUGUACAGACGGAAACUGGCUCAGACAUUGCGCACCGUGGCCGACGAGGGCGCUCAAGCAUUCUAUAAUGGACCAUUGGCUGCUGAUAUCGCAGAAGAGAUACAAGAAAACGGUGGGAUAGUGAGUGUGGAAGAUCUUGCUCAGUAUGAGGUGCCAAUGAAAACACCUUUAAGUAUAAACAUCAGUGGUUUAACGGCUUAUGUUUGCCCUCCUCCGUGCAGCGGACCAGUCUUUGCUCUCAUUAUGAAUAUACUGGAAGGUUAUGGAUUUACUGCUGAAAGCCGGAGAUCUGUCCAAAAUGAAACACUGACCUACCAUCGAAUCAUCGAGGCGUUCAAGUUUGCCUUUGCCAAGAGGAGUGCUUUGGGUGACGAAGACUUUGUAGAUGUUGAAGAUCUUGUAGCAACGUUGACGUCUCAAGAUUAUGCAGAUAGCAUCCGUGAACGGAUAACCGAUGAUCGUACCCACGAUACAGAAUAUUACGAACCAUCAUUUGAAAUCGUCAAUGACGGUGGUACUUCUCACAUCGCAGUGGUAGACCAGUAUGGAAAUGCUGCUUCAAUUACUAGUACCAUCAACACGUUUUUUGGUUCGACGGUUCGAGGGACUCAAACGGGGAUCAUAUACAAUAAUGAGAUGGACGACUUCUCCAAGCCUGGGGUAUCGAAUUUCUUUGGACUGCCGCCCUCACCGUCAAACUUCAUUGAGCCUGGAAAGCGACCAAUGUCUUCAAUGACUCCUGUCAUCGUCGUGGAUGACGAUGGGAAUGUUGAGCUGGUGGUUGGUGCAGCAGGAGGAACAACCAUCACCACGGCAACAAGCCUUAUUGCUAUGGAAAAUGUCUGGUUUGGUUCAACUCUUGAAAAUGGAGGCGAAAGAAGGAGGAUUCAUCAACAACUUCUUCCUAAUCAAACCUUUUAUGAACCAGGAUUCAAUGAGGACGUUGUGGAUGGUCUGAUUGAGAAAGGUCAGGACAUGCAGCCGAUAGGAGCCGUCUACGCUAUCGUACAGGCUAUCGCUCGUUUGGAAGAUGGUUGGCUGGAAGGCUACAGUGAUAGCCGAAGAGAUGGACGGCCAGCUGGAUUUUAGAUUCUACAAAUUCGUAAUUCUACAAAGUCGCCAUUUAUUUACAUGGUCGUAUAUAUGUUUGAUCCUUCUUCUUUCCGAAUUCUCAUUUUGUUUCUUCUUUUGUGAUAAUGAUUGCGUUAGUGUAAGUAUGCGGUCUUUUUAGUGGAUUCGUAUUUUUCUCAAUGAAAGUAUGAUUUAUCAUGUUUAUUAACUACAAAACA